CUAGUGGCCAUUCGGAGUCAGUUGCUCUUAUGCUUGCCAGACAUUAACAACUACCACGUCAGGCUCUUACAGCGAGGGCCUCGUGACUCAAAACGUCACAGGUGAUUCGAAAUAGCGUGCAAUCCUACUUUAUCACCGGAGAGCCUCUUGUUUUGAAUUCCUACACGAGAAGUGCCUGCACGAUAAUCCAAUUUUUUACCACCGGAAAAAGAAACCGAUGGAAAUCGUUCGGAUUUUUAGUCGUUGACAUUUGCAUCGGUGGAUAUUUUCAGUGACAAUUGUUAAACCGAAGACGCAAAUGUAUAUUGGUAAUUUUAAACAUAGUGAAUAUACGACCGACAUAGUAAAAGGUGUACUGGAACUACGAUUUAUGUGUAAUAUCAGGGGCCUUGGAAGUUUUUCGUCAAUUAACGAUACAAACAGUAAUAAGAAGGAUAGUGAAGGGUAAUUUCUUCGAUUUGAAGAUUUGCAAGAUCAGAGUGCUGGUGUGUGACGUUUCAUGGAAGAGAUCGAUUUGUACAUCGUCCGACUAUUAGUGUGAAAAGUUGAGAUUUCGCCCGAAGAACAUUAAUAGUUGAAAGAGCGUUGGGAUUCCUCAAGUUGGAGGAUCGAUGUGGAAGAAUGCGGAGGAAGGAGGCUUGAUUCGCGUUUCGAAGCUUCUUCUAAGGUCGUGGAGGUCGUCCGGAUCCAGAGAACAAUGACGAUCGACGGUUAAGGAAAUUGCUGGGAAAAUUCCGUGGAGGGUGAUCGAGGGUUCGUUUCACCGGGGGGUUGUUGAUAUUAUGUUAGCAACGGGAUUAUGUGCGUUUCUGAAGGUGUUGGCGAUGGCGGGAAGCGUCUUGGCGCUCCUGCCAGAAGACUUCGAAGAUCCAGCUGCUCCAGCCAACCUGCAGGAAGAAUGUGCCUCGAAAUGUCCGGAUCUCGAUUUAAAUCAGAAUCGAACGGACGACUCGAGCUCGGAGGGGGGAUGUGGCAUACGAUGCAAGAUCGACCAGUGUACAAAAGGCUGCGGAGCGUGGCAACGAGCACUCGACACGAGCUGUCAAGCCGUCUGCAAUGGAACUCAAGAAUUGCUACCACCCAAAGAAUUGUACUGUGUCCUGGGUUGUCACGACGCGCUGAACCGUUACUUUCAACAAUUAAAAGCGGAAAUAGGUAUUCCAUCGGCACCAGCUUUGGUAGCGGACUCGCUAACCGCAACUUCCCUACGACUCGAAUGGAAAGGAAUAGACAUCGAAAGACGCGGCGGAGGCAUAUCGUACUUAGUGCAAUGGAGGUACGAGGAACUGGCUGAGACUUGGCAAUAUUGUAGAAAUCAAUCGUGGGGACAGGAUGAUCAGAUUUUAGUUGAAAAUUUGCAACCUUACACGAAAUAUAGGUUUCGCGUAGCGUUACUGUUAAAAUCGUCUCAACACAAUCCGGAGCCUAUCGUUUCCGCUCCAAGCGUCGUGAUAAGAACGCUGGCUGCCGGUUUACCAACCUCAGCACCGGUAAUUGUAAGAGCGGUGGCAGUAGACAGCUGCCGCGCCUCUGUGUCUUGGGAACCGGGCCCUUUCCCGAAUGGGCCACUUUUGUCUUAUGUCCUGCGUCUGCAAGGGGCUGAUCACUCCCAGCUUAAGGACAUACCAGCCUCCGAAAACACGGACCACUACAUGUUCCAAAAUCUCGAGCCGAAUAAGAAUUAUUCUAUUAGCGUGACCAUGAGGAACGGGGUUGGAGAGGGUCCACCUGCGGUAACUUACGUCAUGACCACUCCAGAACCGGCUGUGAAAGACACGCAACAACCUAUUUUAAUUCUCGGAGGUCAGCACGUGGUUAUGAAACAAGAUGCGGACAUGUUGGACGAUCCUAGCGUGGUUUACGAAAAUACAAGUACGAUUCGAGGAGUGGCGAUUCACGUGGCUUCCGCUCGCCUCUUCAUUUCCGAUUCUUUAGGAUACGUAUACAGAACGUCCAUCACGGAACGAACGAAACCAACGGUGAUACUCAGUCCGAGUCAGGCGAACUUUAAACCUCUGAGUUUAUCGGUCGAUUGGCUGAACCUUCACUUGUACAUUCUGGGCGAGGUGAAACACGCGACGACGGUUUGGCAAAUUGCUAGAUGCAAUCUGGACGGAAGAGGUUUGACAGUGGCCGUGGCUGGCUUCUUGACGCGACCCACGCACAUCGAGGUAGACCCGUACAAUGGUUACUUAUUCUGGGUCACCAGGGGCGGUUUGUACCGAUUGGAUCUGGCUGACAUAAGCAACGGAGUGAAGCACGAGGUUCAGCCAUAUUUAAUUCUAGAAGACGCUAAUUUAGGAGCGUUCACCGUCGAUCACACCAACUUCCGUCUUCUCGUUCCCCAUCACAUCCAAAAUACUGUGAUAUCUGUCUCCCUGGAUGGUCGUGAAGUUAUAAAUCUUCGCGCCAACACGCAACAACCAAAAUUCAAGAACGUAGUCUCGUUAGGCAUGGCGAACGGUUUGUUUUAUUGGACGAACGGGGAAGAGGUAUUGAUAGAAGGAUAUCACUCGGGACAAAACAGAUACUUUCACAAUGCUUACCCCGAUAGGUCGAACGGUUCAUUUGUCAGUGUCAAUGUACUUAUGGACGCGAGCCAACCAGUUCCUGUCCCCGUGAAUCCUCCUACGGGCGUGCAAGCUGUCCUUGGUGUGGAGAGGGCGAAAGUUUCUUGGCAGGCGCCUCAUUUAUUGGGCGGCCAGGGUAAAGGAGCCUGGCAAAAUUGGUCUUACGAAUUGGAGAUCAAAGAUGAGUCUACCGGAGAGACGAUCCAUCAGAAGGAUAUCGCUGGAUCGUCUCAUACCGUGCACAAUCUUCGAGAGAAAUCAGAGUACUCGAUUAAGGCAGCGGCUUACACGAGCGCUGGCAGAGGACCCUGGUCAACCGAGUUCAGGGGUCGAACCUUGAGGGACGGAUCACACGCAUCCAUUUUGUGGUCCGCAAACGAGGGUCUCCUAAGAAGCGACGUAACCGGAGAGAAUAUCGAUACUUUAAUCUAUAAAGCGGGCUUGAAGGAGACAGAGGUUGAUUAUCACAUCGUUGAUGUCAGCUGGUACAAGGAUAUUCUGUACAUCGUAGGAAACAAUUCUGCGUUGUAUCGGUACAAUAUUACGAGCCAUCAGAAGACGAAGAUGAAUAUUCACUCUGUCGGGAGCGUUGCUGUCGAUUGGAUAUCGAAAAAAUUGUACUGGGCUAAUCCAAAGCAACAAAUUAUAACAAGAGCAAAUUUGAAUGGAUCUCAUCAAGAGCCCAUGUCGAUUCUGGCCAUCGUUAAAGAAUUAAUGAUCGAUUCUUUGGAAGCGUACCUGUAUUGGUCAACAGGCCACGCCGUUGAAGUGGCUCGUUUAAACGGACAAGACAGAAGAUACUAUCAUUCGGAUGAGAUAUUUAACGGGAAACAAGUGAUGGGGUUAACGCUGGACACAGAGAACAGAUACGUUUAUUGGAUCGUCCGAAGCUACGAAAGUGGAUCUAUCGUUUAUCGAGCGCCAACGUCCGAAAGACUUUCGAUGAGUCAUAAAAUCGUGCCUGAGAAGGUCUCAGCACUGCAGUACCCAAACAUGCAAGGCCCUUUAUGCUACUUCUCGGAGCAUCUUCUGUGGCUCCAGGACGACCGGAACGCGGUGAUAGGCGAUCUGUCUGGCCAAAACACGGCCAUAAUAAACGGUAUCAGCUUGUCAGGACUUCACAUGGUGGCUGUGAUGGAUCCGGCGCUUCAUCAAUAUCCAAAGAAUCUUACAUCAGAAACCGUAGCUGUAUUACCAAACGCCGUAAACUAUAGCAGUAUUAGAGUAGAAGGCACCUGGAGGAACUUUAACAUAUCCUGGGAUCCGGUGGAGAAUAUCAAUUAUGGAACUGUCUUCUACGAAGUGAAAUUCGCGGAUUAUAUCAAUACCAAUUCGAAUCCGGAGAUAACGAUGGAAACCUCGAUGCCUUAUAACAAUUCCGAACGGAUUUUGCCUUAUUCGGUCCUGGAGGUGUCCGUGAAAGCCUUCACGUAUUGGGAAACGGCACACCAUACGAGGAAGAUACUUAGGUCGCCACAAAGCGUCCCCAGUCAACCAACGAAUCCUAGAUCGUUUAUAGAGUUUCGUAAAGAACCACUGAGCAAAAAUGUCGACAUAUUUGCGAUAUUCAGGUGGGAUCAACCCGAGUUCACGAAUGGUCUGAUCACCGGAUACACGGUUCAGUGUUGGUUUAAGGAGAACAACGUCGAGGUGCAAAUCUGCGAUCAGUCGCUUAUUCCAUCCAUGUUGUUGGAGCACACCGUUCAAGACUUGUUGCCAAACACAACAUAUUACUUCCAAGUUCGAGCUCAUACGGAAAUUGGCGCUGGACCAUACACCGACGUGAUCAACGUUUCGACGAUUUACGAAAAUCCGGUACCGCAAUUGUUGGUCGCCACGAUGGACGCGGUUCGAAUAUCCGAUUUGGAUCAGGAAAUGAACUAUACCGUUACUCGGCACAUCGCGGUUGAAGUGACGUAUCUGGCCGCGGAAAGCAAAAUUUACUGGAUCAAUGAAAUGCAGGAGUUGGUAACAUCGGACUUGGAUGGGGCAAACGCUACUAAAAUAUUGACGUUGAACAACAGUGCAUUUAGUAUAACUAUCGAUUGGGUGGCGAAACAUCUUUACUGGUCCGAAUCCAGCUAUCGAGAAAACGGUGGAUGUAUCAUGAAGUUAGACUUGACCAUGUGGCAAGCUGGAAUUCUUAAAUACGAAAACAUCGUUACGACGAACAGACGUAUCGUGAAUCUUGAUAUAUUACCAUCUACCGGAUCGUUGUAUUGGAUAGAACAAACUAACAAAGAUAGCGGAGUAAUAAUGCGGUCGAAUUUGAGCGGCAGUGAUAUUCAACCGUUCUUCGAUCAUAUAGACGACUGUUCCUGCCCUUACAGGACAUCCGUGAUUCCCGCGAUGACGAUCGAUAGCACCGAUUAUCGAAAACCAGUCAUGUACUGGAUUUCUUUGGAGGGUCACCUAAACAGCGCCGAUAUCGACGGAUGUAAGUGCAAUUUGAUAGUAAGCGCAGGUUUCAACAAAGGAUUACCAGCAAGAUCGUUGACCGUCGACAAGAUGAACAUUUAUUGGUCCAACAUUCCUGAAAAUCAAAUUUAUUUUGUAAAUAAAAAAUAUCCCAAUGACGAGGAGAUCAAGCAUUUCUAUUUACCAUCUGUACGAAGCAUCAAAGCCAUUGGGAAAUCUCUGCAAACCUAUCCGAUCAUCAACUGUUUGAUUCCUCGUCAAAAUUCCUACAACGUGGAAGAAGUGAGAAAAACAGCAAAUAGCAUUACCGUGAGACUUCCCGAACCGGUUCCUCAAUUUGGCUGCGAAGAAUACAGCUUACCUACGACGCUAUACACGAUAUACGUGUCUCAAUGUCUAGAAAAUGAUCCAAACAUGUGCGAGGACAGCGACAGAACAAAGUUGCAGACUUACGAGAAGGAAUACGAAAUAAAGAAUUUGAAGCCUUUCACGAAAUACAGACUGAAACUGGCUUUGAGUAACUAUUACGCCGAUUCGGAGUCGGUGAGUUUAGAGUUUGAUUCUGGUGUCGUGCUACGAACGGAAGCUGGCGCUCCUACAGCCCCGGAGAACGUAACCGUGGAAGCUCUGACACCAACCUUGGCUAUCGUGUACUGGAUGCCACCAAAGAUAUUAAAUGCCGCAGCUGUACGAUACGAGGUACAUUGGAGAUUGGUUCGAUUAAUAAACGGAGCACGACAAAAGGGAGAACAAUUUAUAAAGGGCACCGAACGCACAGCCGAUGGAAGAUUCUUCACCAUGUUGGAACCAUGGCUACCUGAUCAGGAGUAUCUAGUGUUCGUUCGUGCUUAUCCUGCCCACGUUAACGAUAUAUACAGUGAAAGUUCCGGUCAAGUAGUCAAGAUGUACCCAGAACCUAAUAAUUUGACGUUAACCGGGGUUAGCGUGAAUAGCUUGAACGUAUCCUGGGUACCAACGGUCGAUUUGAUGGUCAAAUACAUGUUGGAAUACAAAGAUGUUGCUGUAGAAAAUUGGCAAGAGGCGAAUGACUUUACGAUGGAAAACGACGAAGUGACGUAUUUCAUCAGGAAAUUGCAACCACGAACUUUGUACAAAUUUCAUCUGAUUCUGAGAUAUCCAAAUUAUAAGAAAGAUUUCGUGUGGCCAACAGAUGGGAGGUUCACGUUUCAAACGUUAGGUGAUGUACCGAGUGCUCCAGGUAUGCCAACGGUAACCAAACUCCGUAACUCUGUGUACCAAUUGAAUUGGGAACCAGCGCAAGCUCAUGGCUCGCAGAUCACGUUGUACCGUGUCGAAGGGAUGAAGAUCAAUGAAAUUAACGAGCAAAUAGACUCCACCGAGAACGCGAGCUGGAAGUUGUAUUACAACGGGACGGACAAUUAUUGGAUAAUCACGGGAGACAUGGACGACAAGUAUCGGUUUCGUAUUCAAGCUAGAAACGCGUACGGUUUCGGUAGUUGGAGCAGAUCCAGCCCGAUCAUUGAUUUAACCGAAGCCACCGGUGGAAUAUUAGCCGCUCAACAACACCUUGGUUUAGUGUUGGGACUUAGCGUCCCUGUUAUCACUAUUAUGCUCAUUUGCUUCUGUUAUUUCCUUUGCCCAGUGUACCGGCAACGCAAAGAUGAUAAAGAGGCGGUUUUACCUCCGUUAGUGAGCGACGUCGAAUUAGCGACGCUUCGGGAGAUACCACGCGGAAAUUUCGUUCAAUCGAACGCGUUGUACGCGUCUACCUUGCAGAACGAUCCGGACGAUUCUACGCUUCCUAAAAUCAAAAGGGAACAGAUUACCUUAGCGAAGUUCUUGGGUAGCGGAGCCUUUGGUGAAGUAUUUCAAGGGAAUGCGAAGGAUUUGGAGAGACCAGGAGUUACACCGGUUGCGAUCAAAACGUUGCGAAAGGGUGCCUCGGCCCAGGAAAAGACAGAGUUCCUUCAAGAAGCUAGACUCAUGAGUCAUUUUCGACAUAAACACGUGUUAAGACUUUUGGGAAUCUGUUUAGAUACGGAUCCACCGUUAUUGGUAUUGGAACUGAUGGAAGCUGGAGAUUUACUGAGUUAUUUAAGGGCGAGUCGAUCUUUGCAACCAUCGGAUCCACACGCGUUACGUCUUCAAGAUUUGCUCGCUAUGUGCGAGGAUGUAGCAAGGGGUUGCCGUUAUUUGGAGGAGCUCCAUUUUGUACAUAGAGAUCUCGCGUGUAGAAAUUGUUUGGUAUCUGCCAGAGAUCGAGAGAACCGUGUCGUUAAGAUCGGUGACUUUGGACUGGCCAGAGAUAUAUACAAGAACGAUUAUUAUCGAAAAGAAGGAGAAGGAUUGCUUCCUGUUCGAUGGAUGGCACCUGAAUCGUUAGUGGACGGUGUAUUCACUUCACAGAGUGAUGUCUGGGCAUUUGGUGUAUUAAUGUGGGAAAUCACGUCCUUGGGACAACAACCGUAUCCUGCCAGAACAAAUAUCGAAGUAUUACACCAUGUACGCGCAGGUGGAAGGUUGCCCAAAUCUCUAAAUUGUCCACCUGCUUUACAUCAGCUCAUGUUACGUUGUUGGAGCGUUGCCGAUGCUAGACCGAGCUUUAAAGUUUGCCUUGAAAAUAUAGUUAGUCUUCGAAGUACCAUAGAGGAUGCACAACUGAACCCGGUUCAUACUAGUCAUUAUUUAGCUAGAAGAGGGAAUUCUUGGAAAUCCAGCAGCUCAGAAGGCAGUCGAGAUAUGCAACCGUUCCUUCAGAAUUCCCAUAAUGCGACACUUACAUCACAAUCGAAUGAAAUACCGAAAUAUUUAGAAUUGUUAGCGGAUAACGAAGAUAUCAUCCUAAGGGAGAAUUCAACAAACGGAUACGAAGUGCCUCGGUCGAUUCAUAUCUCCGAUCAAAAUUUAGCCAAUAUGAAUAAAGCUAGUACAAACGUAGAUGUAAAGAGCAAUUUGCAUUCUGAUACGCCACAAGAACAUAAAGAUGCUUCGAACGAUGCGAAAGAACAACCAGAAAGAAAGUGUGAUAAUAGAUCGUCGAUAUCUAGUUUGAAUUUACUAGAACGUAAGAGAGCAUCGAUCACUAGCAUGAUUGAGAAAUGUAACACUUUAGAUAGUUCGAAAUUAACUAAUCCUACUAUUAAAACGAUUUUUAAAAGAGAUUCCUUUACAUCAUUGACUGAUCAGCGGAAAAAUAAGAGGAACGUAACCGAACGACGAGGAUCGGAAUUAAGUUUAGAAGGUAGAAGUUCUAGUUCUUUAAGCUCGAAUAUUAGUUUAGCGCCACCUACUCGACCUAGUUCAUCGUUAAUUAGUUCACAAAAUGUUCUUCCAUUAAAGAACGGCGUUAUCGGAGGAACCGGCGACUCAAACGAUAAUAACGUUACGAACGCAUUGCCAAAAAUUCAAAGGACUCAUUCCAAUUUGCAAAAUGGUAAAGCUAACAUACCUUUGGUGAUAAACAAUGCAUUGUUGAACUUAUUGAGGCAGACUCCAGUUGUCGAGGAUAGUAACAAUAUAGUCACAUACACGAACAUCAAUACGGAUGCUGUUAGAGUAAACGGGUCGUGAAGUUUUUAUUAAAGAUGUGAUGGAUUAAGUCAUUUGAUGGGUCGUGUUUCUAAAACAAAAUCGUGAUUUCAGUAAUAACUCCGUACCGAAACUGGAAAUACGUGUGAAGUUCCAUAGCUUAAAACUGCCAUAUUAAUGUAUGUACAUAUUUAAGUUUAGUAUCUGAAAUUUAUUUUACAUGAACUGUGGCAGAAAGAUUUUAUUUGAUAAUGACAUUAAUUUCAAUUGACAAUCAGACUUGUUGCUUAGAAUCUAAGAACCAAGAAUAGCUAUAGAAAAUUAUGUGGUGAUUAAUCUGCGAUAGUUUUAUAUUUGUCAUUGCAACUAAUGUAUUUAUUUAAUGACACAGAACUACGAGUAAAUUUUCACCAUUCAUUGUACAAAUUUCAUAUUAGCGGUAAUAUAAAGUAUAGUAUGGAAACUGCUAUUCAUAUUACGUUUAAGGAUUUGUUAAGUUUUACAUAUACAUGUAGUGGUUCUUUUUAAAACAGUACAAUUAAGAAUAAAUUUUUGCACAUAUUAAGCUUUA